GAAGUAGAGAAAAACUUGCAUCUGAAUCCAUGGCAGCCACCACCACAGCCAAAGUGAGCUUGAGGCUCCUGAUAGACACCAAAGGUAACAAAGUACUGUUUGCCGAAGCAUCCAAAGAGUUCGUCGACUUUCUCUGCAGCUUACUGUCUCUGCCUAUGGCAACUGUGAUUAGGACUCUGUCUAAACAGGGCAUGGUUGGUUCCCUCGGGGUUGGUUCCCUCGGGGACCUUUAUGAGAGCAUAGAGAAUUUGAGUGAAUCUUACCUGCAGACUUCGGACGCCAAGGAUGCCCUGUUGAAACCUGACGUUCAUACAUCAGGAGCAGCUCUUCCUCUGUUGUUGCCAGAAAUUCAGACACCCAAAUCUACAUGCUUUUUUGGGUGUGGUCCUGGUGCUUCUUCUCCUGCUUUCGGUAGUACUGCCACCUUUACUUUUGGUGCCUCUCCUAGUUUUGGUGGAGGUUUUGCUAGCGGUUCCUGUUCUUCUCAUGUCACAAAUGAUCCAACUGCCAUUUGUCCUCAAAGUGGAAACCAUAUCAACAGAUCGCUAACGUUUGUCGAUCCACCAAAUAAGAAGACUUGCGCUCUUGAAGGAGGCUAUGUGAAAGGAGGGGUAGCGAAAUAUAUGAUCAUGGAUAAUCUGGAGGUGAGGCCCAUAUCUACUAUUUCCAGCAUCACUAUUAUGCUCAACCAGUUCAAUGUCAAGGAUCUUGGGGCGCUUGAAGAAAAAGUGGUCGAUGUGGGUAUGGAUCAGAGUGUGGAAUUGCUGAAGAUGUCCUUGCAGUCUAAGACUGUUCUUACUGAAGUUUUCCUUGGCAAGAAGUUUUCCUUCGCAAGAAGUUUUCCUUGGCAAGAAGCCUUCAAAUUGAUGAUCUAUAUUGACUUGUUACCCAAGGAGGAAUUAAAUUGCCUUUGGGAGUUGUUCUUUUGGUGUAUUUUGCUAAGGAUCCUUGAAAAUAUCAUGGCUGAUACUAUGUAGUAAAGCUUGGCCUUCUUGUUUUAUCUUGUUCUUGGGCUGUGAAACUGCUCUAGGCAUUGAUUGCAUUAAAAAACUGUGUUUCUCGAUGUAUUUAUGGGGAAGAAGGGUUAAGACUUAAGGAUGUUCUGUUUCCAUUUUCUCUAAUGUCCCAGAGUAGAGUUUUC